CAAGUUAGGGGAAUACCCUGUUACUUUAAAUAACCUAAGGUAUGAUAAUUUUAUUAAGCGACAUCUAUCAUUGGUGCAAGCUAAUCGAGCAUACAAGUGCACUACAAAGGUAAAAAGAAUAGAAAAGAGCCAACCAAUAAGAUGAGUUAAACACAGUCACGCUAUCUAGACUAGGGUAUAUAAACCAAGAUCGUAGACCGUAAGAUCGUAGCACCACCACCACCUUCAUGUCUUGUGUUAUUUUCGCUCUUCUCGCCCCCUUUUUUACCAUCUCAGAGCGGCCGAAUGGACAGACUAGCCGAUGAAAAUUUCACUUACUUGCUUUUGCGAGUGAAUGAGAAUAUGACGCUAGAGGAAAAAAGUCAGUUUGGGUUUUGCUUGAGAGCCAUCUUGCCCGCUUCCGUCUUAGAGAGACAAGACCUUCUUGAAAUGUUCCGCCACCUUGAGCAACAAGACGAGCUCAGCCCGCGUAAUUUACGACAGCUCAAGAAAUUCUUGGAAUUCAAACAACGGAGAGAUCUUCUCAAAGCUGUUAGAGAAUUUGAAGUCGGACUUGGUCUAAUGGAUAUCUUUCAGAUGUACAUGAACUUUCCAUCUUCUAUUACAGAGACUUCACAUUCAUACGACGAAGCUGAAUUCGUCUUUCAGUGGCUGAAAGAUCGCCGAGAGAAGCUGGUAGGGGUAGAAUCCCAGACAAAUGGUACCAUCCUCGAAAAUCAUGCCCAAGGUCUUCCCACACAACUAUCAUGGGACAUUGUGCUCAAUCGGAUCGCAGUGGUUUUCGCUGAUGUCGAGAAUAAGAAUAUUCAGGCUCGCACAUUAUUUGAUGAGGGAUUUGGGGAGCUUGUCACUUGGGUGACGAAAAAUGGAGGAAUGAGGGGAAUGCGCCGGGCGUGCGAGUCCAAGCAGUAGGUUAAAUAAAUAAGGUUGUAUAAGAGCUAUGUAGGUUAGGUAUGUGUUUAGUAUGUAUGUCACGUGUGUGGCUUUACUGGGUACAAAAGAACAAGAAAAAAAAAACACAAAACAAAAAAGAACUUAAAAAAAAGGAAACCAGAAAAAGAAUAAGACAAAAAAAAAACAGAGACAAGCAAAAAAAAAAAAACAGAAAUGACAAGAAAGGAAAGCCAAAAACCCAAGAAAAAAAAAGCCUCAAACAAAUCCAAAUAAUGGUGGUGCAAAAAAAUGUUUGAGCAAUAUUUUUAAAAAAACUGCAUGAAAAAUAUAUUAAAAAAAUAUGGUCACUAGGUGGAUUUCCACCUAGUUAAUAGCGGUGUUGGGGCCGAAAUCUCCGGCCUAGCCGUAAAACCAUACGACGAUCCAGCAAAGGCGAUCCAGCAAAGCUGAUCGACCUAGCAAACAGGCAAAGGCGAUCGAGCAAGGGCGAUCUUCUAGAGUGGCUUAGCGCAAAAAAAAUCCUUUUUUUUUGCACUUUUUGGUUGAAGCACCCAACUUGACACAUGUCUCUUAAAUUGGCACAUAUGUCUCGUAAAUUGCGCAGAAGAUGCGGCAAGCAGACAAUAUAUGUUGCAAUAUAGUUUGUAUUCUGUGUUCUUUGGUACACUAGCAAACAGGCAAAGGAGAUUUUAUACAAAUCAUCCAUAUGUGUUUUGUAUAUGUGUUCUGUGUAAAUCGAUUAAUGUUUAGUAGUGUACAUUUAAAACUUAUACAAGUUAGUAUUAAAUCGUUACGUUGCUGUC